ACCACUAAGCCACUAUGCUAUCCCCACUACAUAAGCAGAAAACAAUUCCACGUCCGCCUCUAUUUUCUGUGAAACCGACCCACUCACCAUGAUCAAUUCUCCUUUCAUCUCCGUUCCCGAGCAUGGGUUUUCUUUUAAGCCUCCCAGCUGCACUUUCCAAAUUCAUAGUUACCAUCCUAUAAUUCAAUCUCCGAACUUCAAUUCUUACAAGCUUCCGUUCUUUUUUAAAUGCAAGACCCAAUCAAAUUUGGCGGGUGAUUCUCUAAAAGCUUCUCGCUCUGGAGAAUUGCGGGCCAACCUCAGAAAAGUAGGAUUGAGGGUGUCCUCCAAAUUGGCGCCAAAUUUCGAACGAGCCACGGAUACUGAAGGAGCGAGGAGACUGGUGGAUAGUAAGAAGGAGUUCGAUGCGAUUGUGAUAGGCUCUGGGAUUGGAGGGUUAGUCGCAGCGACGCAGCUAGCAGUGAAGGGUGCGAAAGUUUUGGUUCUGGAGAAAUACGUGAUUCCUGGAGGAAGCUCCGGGUUUUACCAGAGGGAUGGUUAUACUUUUGAUGUUGGCUCUUCGGUCAUGUUUGGUUUCAGUGACAAGGGUAAUCUCAAUUUAAUAACACAAGCAUUGGCAGCAGUUGGUUGUCAGAUGCAGGUGAUACCGGAUCCAACAACUGUCCAUUUCCAUCUACCCAAUAACCUUUCCGUUCGGGUGCACAGAGAAUAUGAUAAAUUCGUUGAAGAACUCGUUAGUUACUUUCCCCACGAAAAGGACGGUAUAAUCAAGUUCUACGGUGAAUGCUGGAAGAUUUUCAAUUCCCUUAAUUCACUGGAACUGAAGUCACUCGAGGAGCCACUCUACCUUUUUGGACAAUUUUUUCAAAAGCCGCUUGAAUGCCUAACUCUAGCGUAUUAUUUGCCCCAAAAUGCUGGAGACAUUGCUCGAAAGUACAUUCAAGAUCCACAAUUAUUGUCUUUCAUAGAUGCAGAGUGUUUCAUUGUGAGCACAGUCAAUGCGUUGCAGACACCAAUGAUCAAUGCUAGCAUGGUUCUUUGUGACCGACAUUUUGGUGGAAUUAACUACCCUGUUGGGGGUGUUGGUGGGAUUGCAAAAUCAUUAGCAGAAGGUCUGGUUAAACAGGGUAGUGAGCUACGUUACAAGGCAAACGUCACUGGCAUUAUAGUGGAUCAGGGCAAAGCGGUAGGUGUGAAGCUUUCAGAUGGCAAGGAGUUCUUUGCCAAAACCAUAAUAUCAAAUGCUACUAGAUGGGAUACCUUUGGAAAAUUACUAAAGGGUGAAGCCAUUCCAAAAGAAGAACAGAACUUCCAGAAAGUUUACGUCAAAGCUCCUUCUUUUCUUUCAAUUCACAUGGGAGUUAAAGCUGAGGUUUUGCCACCAGAUACGGAUUGCCACCAUUUUGUGCUUGAGAGUGACUGGGCCAGAUUGCAGGAGCCAUAUGGAAGUAUAUUCUUAAGUAUACCAACUGUUCUUGAUUCAUCAUUGGCUCCUGAGGGCCGGCAUAUUCUUCAUAUAUUCACAACAUCUUCAAUAGAGGACUGGGAGGGAAUUUCAAGAUCAGAAUAUGAGGCAAAGAAGCAGCUUGUAGCAGAUCGAAUUAUAAGCAGACUACAGAAUAAAUUGUUUCCAGGUCUCGGAUCAUCCAUAGAUUUUAUGGAGGUGGGGACACCAAAGACACACCGGAGAUACCUGGCCCGUGACAAGGGAACCUAUGGACCAAUGCCACGCAGCAUUCCAAAGGGGUUAUUGGGAAUGCCAUUUAAUACCACAGGCGUAGAUGGUCUUUACUGUGUUGGUGAUAGCUGCUUCCCUGGACAAGGCGUUAUUGCAGUUGCCUUUUCAGGAGUUAUGUGUGCUCACCGAGUGGCUGCGGAUAUUGGGCUGGAGAAGAAGUCAGCAGUGUUGGAUGCCAUGCAUCUUCGGUUGCUUGGUUGGUUAAGAACAUUGGCAUGAAACAUGACAAAGGAACAGUUUUAGAUACAGGAUCAUCAUUAUUAUGUAGAACGAGCUUGCUUUAGUGACAGCAUGCUCUUCUGCGAAUAUAGGCACAAAAGUUAACUAGAGAAACCUCCUGAGCUUUCUCAGGAUAAAGAAAUUUAAAGGAAAUGUUUUAAAAUAAUUUAUCUGUAACAGGAAAACAAUGAUAUCAAGUGAUUGAGAGUUUUUUUUUGUUUUUUUUGGGGGACAAAAGAGUAUUGAGUUUGUGUGUGUCUAUAGUUUGGGUCCUUAUUUUUGAAUCAGCAAGCAACCUGUCCCUGACGGCAACUGAAAAACAUUGGAAUUCUAUCUGCAGGCAGACUAGGGAGAAUUUAUGCCCAAUUUUCUCUUACAUAACUUGUAUUGAUUUUUCUCCUGCUCUUGUUUACAUUUUCUUUUCUUUUCUUUUCUUUUUUUAAUGUUUGCUGGGGGUCUGGGAUUGGAUUGUUUCGUGUAAAUGGUUCCGCUCCAGUUUUUUU